GAGGAGGCUGAGCGACACCACCUGCCUGCCUCCCUCAUGCAGCAGGCCUCACAGCUGCAGGAUGAGCUGGACGGCUCUCUGGGUGGUGUUCGCUCCCGCUGUGAGGAGCUGAAGACCAGUGUGGAGCUGCAGCAGCAGUACGAGCGGCUGGUCCACAGCCUGGAGGAGCUUCUGGCUCUGGGCUCAGAACGCCUCGCCCAGCGGCCUGACACCGAGCUGCACAGCAGAGCUCAGCUCCAGCAGCAGCUCAGCAGUCACACGAAGUUCUUCCAGUUCCUGGGCCACCAUUUGAAGAUCCUGCAGCAGCUGACCAAGAGAGUCCCAGAGAGCGCCCUCCAGAGGUGGGAGGGUGUAGUGAUGGGCCUGCAGGACGAGGUGGUUCGACUGCAGCAGCAGGGACUGGAGAAAGGGACCAGGAUGCAGGAAACGCUACAGGUGUGGUCGCAGUGGGAGGAGGACAGCGCCUGGUCAGACUCCCUGCUGAGAGCCAUUGAGACUUCGUUUCCCAAGAUGCACGAGGGGGGUAACUCUGAGAAUCAGAUAUCAGAGAGGCUCUCUGUUUACCAGGAGCAGCGUGGGGUUCUGGAGCAGAACGAGGCCCGGUUCAGUCGGAUGCUGGAGGCGGGGCUCUGGCUGCAGGUGGAGGGCUGCAGACGGGUGGGUGUGUCCACCAGCGAGAUGGAGGCCCGAUGGAGAGGCCUGCACAAGAAGGUGGAGCAACAACGCACCGAUGAAGAGAGGAGCAGGAAGCUGAGGAGCAGGUUUUCUCGUGACUCGGCUGUGCUAACUGACUGGGUGGGCCGGGCCAGAGAGCUCAUUGACAAAUACAGUCGGCUCUCAGCUGAGGAGGAGAUGGAUGAAGAGCAGAGGCGUGACCACUUCCUCCAGUCUGUGGCUUUGACCAAAGAGUUGGAGGCCAAAUCUGGACUGAAGGUGUCUGUGAUCGGUGCUGGAACCCAGCUGGUCUCCCAUAGACAUCUAGAGGACAAAGAGAGUUCACUAUCUCAGCCUUCAGACCCGGAUCUCUGCUCCGUCCAGUCCCAGCUCAGACAGAUAGAGCUGGACUGGUCCAGUCUGCAGGCCGAUGUUCCUGUCGUCCAACAAGCUCUGCAUAAGCGAUGGAUAGAGACGUUGACCCAGCAGGGGGCGCUGCUGGAGCUGCAGGGCUGGGUGGAGGCUGCUGAGUCCCGUCUGGAGGAGCAUCGCAGCAGAACCAACCAAACCUCCUCCACCAACGCUGAUCUGAGUCAGCUCCUGAAAUACUGCAAGGAGUGUCAGACAGAGAUGGCCAUCCAUCAGGCCACACUGGACUACGUGAGCCAGCCGUUACAGACCUGCAGUACUGAGGACGGACAGAGGUGGCGCAGUGAACACAACCGGUUUGCAGAAGAGCAGGGUCAGCUCAACCAUCAGUGGCUCAGUCUGCAGGAAACACUCAACUCUCAGCUCCAGGAGGUGGAGCAGGAGCUGAGGAGCAGAGUGGAGCGGGAGGCCCGACUGCAGCAGAUCAACAGCUGGAUCACAGAUCAGAACCUCUGGAUGGACUCGGCUCAGAAACCCAGCAGCCGGACGGAGCUGCAGAGGAGCAUCAACACCUGCCAGGAUCUUGAGGAGAAAAUCAGGCAGAAGUCUGCAGCUCUUCAGGAGUUAAGGGACAGACUUGAUGGAGGUGGAGGAGAAAACAGCGGCUGUCAUUUCAUCUCUCAGACGGAUAAAUCCAUCCAGGCCUGUGCAGCUCUCACACAGCAGCAUGACUCAGUAAUGAAGAGGCUGAUUCAGGCCCAGCAGCUGUGGGACUGUGUCCAGAAGCGACUGAGUCAGAUGAUGCAGAAAACAGCGACGGCAUCUCAGACUCUGGAUCAUCACAGCGGCCCUCCGCUCUGCCUGCAGGAGCACAGAGAUAUCCACGAAAAGCUGCAGCUUCUUCAUGAGGAGUCAGAAGCUUCAGAGACAGAGUGGGACGAAGUGAGUCAAAGCACCUCCUCCCUCAGAGACACCGUCAGUCCUGGUGCUGCUGCCGUCCUCACAGAGCAGCUGGACAGACGGAGAGACAGUUGGACGGCGGUGUCCACAGCGUUGGACCAGCGUCUCCAGAGGAGUCGGGGCGUCCUUCAGGUGUGGGAGGUCUACGACCGGCUGGCUGCGUCUUCCUCCCAGACGCUGCAGACGCUGCAGAGCGACGUCAGGUCUUCACUGAGAGGAGCGGCUGCAGACGAUGACACUGUGGAGCAGAUCGCUGAGAAGAUACACCAUGUUCAGAGUCUCCUGGAGAGGACAGACACUCUGCAGACCGACCUGCAGGGGGUGCUGGAGGCCUCCAAGGACUUAAGUGGCCACCUGGAACCUUCAGCUGCCGGUCUGGUCCAAUCAGAGAGCCGGCUGCUGUCACGUGGUGUUCAUCAGCUCAGUCAGAGGCUGACGAGGAGGCGGAGUCAGCUGCAGGAGGAGCUCGAGCGGCUGCAGGAGUUUGGAACCGUCCUGGAGUCUCUGGAGGGAAAGCUGGAGCUUUGGCAGGAGCGUCUGCAGGAGGAGGCGGCUCGGACAGCGGAGCAGUCCGGCCUCCUGGAGCUGAGCGGCCUCUCUGCUGACCUGGACGUUCUGAACGAGCAGAGCUGCAGCUUGUCGCUCGGUGACGCCGCGGCACGACGCCUGAGACGCCUCAACCAGCGCUGGGCCGACGCCUCCGCCAGAGCCGAGGAGGCCUGCAGUGAGCUGCAGGCGGAGGCCCUGAGGCGGCAGAGCUUCCAGCAGAAGUGUGAGAGCUGGAUGUCUUUCCUGCAGAGGAUGGAGGACAGCCUGGCUGUGGACGUCUCCGGCUCGUACAUCGGCCUCAGACAGCAGCUCUGCACACACAAGCGGUUUCAGGCCGAGCAGUCCACCGGUCACCAGAUCCUUCACUCUGUCAUCACUGAAGCUCUGCAUCUGCUGCAGAAGGGAGAGGUGGAGGACAGGAGUGACUUCGUCCUGAAGCUGGCCCAGCUCAGGGAGCACUGGCAGGGCGCGGUGCAGCGGGCCGACCAGCGGCACUCCCUGGUGGAGGGGCUGGUGAAGCACUGGCACCUGUACAGCCACAGCCUGAGGAAGCUGCAGAGGUUCCUGUCCGAGACGCAGACGCUCCUCCCCCCCGCAGGACCCGCCCACUGCAGCCUGCAGCAGCUACGGCGCUCCCUGCAGGACCUCCAGCACACAGAGCUGUUGUUCCAGAGGUAUCAGUGCAGCUUCAUCCACACUCUGGAAGUGGGCCGCCAGCUCUUCUCCAUGGGGGACGAGGAGACCCAGACCGGGCUGCAGACAGACCUGGCAACCCUGCAGGAGGAGUGGGACAACCUGCACAGCCUGCUGGGCCGGAGGACGGAGCUCACCGAGGCCAUCGUCAAGAACUGGGAUCUGUGCGAGGCCGGACUAGCAGACCGCAUGCUGCAGCUGAAGGACGUGAAGACCAGAAUGAACCAGUCGAUGCCAGAGUUCGACGAUGAGCUGCUGAGUGUCGAGAAAUACAACAAGGAGAACGAGGACUCGCUGGAGGACUGGGCUGAGAGCCUGACAGAGCUGAGCACCAUGAAGACGGAUCUGUCCCAGUACAUCAUCGCCGACGACGUCCUGCUGCUGCAGGAGCAGGUGGAGCACCUGCACCGUCAGUGGGAGGAACUCUGCCUCAAGGUGUCCCUGCGUAAACAGGAGAUCGCAGAUCGCCUGAACGCGUGGAUCAUCUUCAACGAGAAGAACAAGGAGCUGUGCGAGUGGCUGACGCAGAUGGAGAACAAGGUGGCGCACAACUCCGACCUCAACAUCGAGGAGAUGGUGGAGAAACUGAAGAAGGACUGCAUGGAGGAGAUCAACUUGUUCAGUGAGAAUAAAACCCAUCUGAAGCAGCUCGGAGAACAACUCAUCUCAGCCAGCAACAAGACGAAAGAGACGGAGGUCAACGACAAGCUGAAGGACGCCAACGACCGCUGGAAGCAUCUGUUUGACCACAUAGACACCAGGGUGAGGAAGCUGAAGGAGACGCUGGUGACGGUGCAGCAGCUCGAUAAGAACAUGAGCAACCUGCGGACAUGGCUGUCUCGCAUCGAGGCGGAGCUGGCCAAGCCGGUGGUCUACAACGUCUGCCACGGCGACGAGAUUCAGAGGAAACUGGCCGAGCAGCAGGAUCUGCAGCGGGACAUCGAGCAGCACACGGAGAGCGUGGCGUCGGUGCUGACGCUGUGCGACGUCCUGCUCCACGACGCCGACGCCUGCGGGAGCGACUCGGAGAACGACUCGAUCCAGCAGACAACGAGAAGUCUGGACCGACGCUGGAGGAACAUCUGUGCCAUGUCCAUGGAGAGGAGGAUGAGGAUUGAGGAGACCUGGCGUCUCUGGUGUAAGUUCCUGGACGACUUCUCUCGCUUCGAAGACUGGCUGAAGACGUCUGAGCUCACUGCAGCGAACCCGGACUCCGCCGACGUCCUCUACACCAGCGCCAAGGAGGAGCUCAAGAAGUUCGAGGCGUUCCAGCGGCAGGUCCACGAGCGUCUGACUCAGCUGGAGCUCGUCAACAAACAGUACCGCCGCCUGGCCCGAGAGAACCGGACCGACGCCGCCAGCAAGCUCAAGGUCCUGGUCCACGAGGGGAACCGGAGGUGGGACAGCCUGCAGAAGAGGGUCUCUACUGUCCUCCGCAGGCUCAAGCACUUUACCUCCCAGAGAGAAGACUUUGAGGGAACUCGCGAGGGGAUCCUGGUCUGGCUGACGGAGAUGGACCUCCAGCUCACCAACGUGGAGCACUUCUCAGAGAGCGACGUCGAAGACAAGAUGAGGCAGCUCAACGGCUUCCAGCAGGAGAUCACCCUGAACACCAACAAGAUCGACGCCCUGAUCGUGUUCGGGGAGAACCUGAUCCAGAAGAGCGCUCCUCUGGACGCCGUGCUGAUCGAGGACGAGCUGGAGGAGCUGCACUCGUACUGCCAGGAGGUGUUCGGCAGAGUGGCCCGCUUCCACCACCGCCUGGUCAACAGGCGCCCGAUUCUGGAGGAGGAGAGGGAACUGUCGGACCAGGACGACCCACCUGAUCUAACCAACAGGACGUCCUCCUGGGAGGAUGCGAGGAGGAGGAAGAAGGAGGAGGAGGAGGCUCCAUCAAUGGGUGGAGUCUCAGCUGGACGUCAGGCCGUGUGCCACCUCCUGGUUCCCCCUCUGGAGCGGUCGGGACGAGAGACCCCCGUCAGCGUGGACUCCAUCCCUCUGGAGUGGGACCACACUGUGGACGUGGGAGGAUCGUCUUCACACGAGGACGACGAGGACGGGACGUACUUCAGCGCUCUGUCAGUGAAGUCUGUGACCGACCCGCCCAGCUGGCAUCAGCCCGACUCCCCAGAGAGGAAACGAAUUCCCAGAGAAAUCAUCCGAGGCCUGAACCCGUCUCCCACGCACGCCACCAGCACUCCCUACCACCAGCAGGGCUACGCUAAGCUGAUGUCGGAGUGCAGCGGCAGCAUCAACAGUGUGAAGAGAGUGAAGCUGAUCCUGAACGACGAGGAGGAGCUGGAGGAUCCGGGUCUGACCAGCAGCACGGCGGACAAGCAGACCAGCACAGGUGUGAUCGAGCGCUGGGAGCUGCUACAAGUUCAGCAGUUCAACAACGAGACGGACAUCAAGCAGGACCUGGAGCAGUGGCAGAAGCUGAACUCUGACCUCUGUGAUGUCACUUCCUGGUUGGGACGGGUGCUGCCGGAGCUGGAGAGACUACAGCACAUCACACCGUCCACCAACACCCGAGACAUCGAGGUCAACAUCAGGAAACUAAAAGAGAUGCAGAAGACCUUCAACAGCUACAAGUGUCUGAUGAUCUCCGCCAACCUGAGCAGCCGACACUUCCUGCGGGGGGGCGACAGCGCCGAGCUGCGUGAGCUGCAGGACGCCCUCAGCUCAGCCAAUCACAGCUGGACGCAGGCCUGCGGAGGCCUGGAGAGCUGGGAGAGGAGGCUGCACUCAGGACUCAUGCAGUGUCAGGAGUUUCAUGAGACUCUUCACUCUCUGCUGUUGUGGCUCGCUCAGGCUGAGAACAAACUCAGUGUCGUGGAUGUCAGCGACCGGUUGACGCCGCGCUCCGUCCUUCUGCAGCACCGAGACACGCUGACGGCUCUGCAGGAGGAGCUGCGUGGCCACCAGCAGGAGGUCUCCUCUCUGCAGGAGAUCUCCUCUCAGCUCCUCCUGGAGGCCACGGGAGAGGAGAGCCUGGAGGCCAAGGAGAAGGUCCACGUCAUCGGCAACAAACUGCACCUCCUGCUGCGGCAGGUGGAUGCUGACCUGAACACGCUGCAGGGAAGACUGGAAACCAGCUCAACCAGCUCAGAGGUGGACAGCAUUGGACUGGGAAGACUGGGCUCUCCUCCUCCUCUGCUGCUGCACAAGGAGGAAGCUGCAGGUCUACAGGCAGCUACAGCAGGACAACUGCUGACUAAAAGGGAGGAGAGGAGAGAUUCUUCCCCACGGCGACCCUUCUUCCAUCGGGUUCUUCGAGCUGCCUUCCCCUUACACCUGCUCUUCUUCCUGCUGCUGAUUCUGGCCUGCCUGGUGCCUCUGUCUGAAGAGAACUACAGCUGUACACUGUCCAACAACUUCGCCCGCUCCUUCUACCCCAUGCUGCACUACACCAACGGCCCUCCGCCCACAUGAACACUGCCAUGACGACCAGACGAAGAGAAACGUAAUCCUGUCAGGUGGAAAUCCAAAAAUGGAGCCCUGAACAGUGUUAAUGUUCAAGUUCAAAGACACUUCUCCCUUCCGCAAAAAGAAGAAGCCCCGCCCAUCAUGUCUGAAGGCCUCAUCUUUGUUUUUUGAUUCAAAAUUUUAUUGGUGUUUUUGAAAAUAUAUUUAUUGUUUGUGGAGUUCCACAGUUAUAAAAAAAAAAAAGAAGCCAUAUCACUGGUUCGUUUGGAAGUUUUGUCAUAUUUAAAUGUAGUUUUGCGUCCCCACCAAACAUCAAUAUUUUAAUAUCUACAGAAUAUAUAUAUAUUCACUUUUGUACUUUCACUACAGACUGUUCCAAACUGAAGGAAAAAGGACAGUUUUAACCAAAGCAUCCAGAAAGCGGAGCACACUAGCCAUUUUCUACCACUGCAGCUAUUUGUACUGUUUUCAUAGAAGGAAGCCACAUUUUGUACAGAAACGUUGUUGAAUCAAGUGAUAUUUAAGAAGUGACGAUCUGUAAGAUAUGGCGGUGUAUCAUCCUCAAACAUGCCUUUUUCUAGCCAGCAGAACUACCAUAACUUUAUCAGAUAAUGUACUUUAUUUGGUGUUAUUGAUGAUUUUUGUAUAUAAUGGCAAACUACUGAGGGAUAAAUACUUUAAUUGUUGUUUCUGCAUUUGAGUUUGAGUGUGGUACUGAAAUCUAUAUUUAACAUGGGGCAAUAGUUAACAUGCCAGUGGAUUAAAAUGACAGAUAUUUUCCUAUGAUUAUGUUCCCUUUACUGCCAGUAAAUAUUUUAGCAGAUUACUGAACUGAAAAGUUUUGCAAAAGAAGUCCUCAAAUUAAAGCUGCAUUAAGUGAUUCUUGACCACUAGGGGGCAGAAAGAGUCUUGACGCACCCCUCAUAGAGCAAUAGCUAAUAAACUUUAAAAUAUAGUUUAUGGUUGAUGCUGUAAUAAACAUGAAUGAUUUACCUGAACACUGCUUUAAAACACUUGUCAGUCAUGUAGUUGAAGGACUGCUGUCACAAUGUGACGAGCCAGAACAUGAAUGUAAGUGAUCCUUUGGGCAUUGAAUGUAGCUGUGUAUAUGCACAAUCAAAGAUCUUUAAAUGUUUUUCAUUUAUAAUGUUAAUAUUAUUGAUCAUAAAUGUCAAUAAGGGAGAAUGAUUUGAUUUGAAAACUCAGUGUUUGAUUCUAUGUUGUACAUAAUCUCCGCCUCACACUCAGCAGAAAGAAACAACAAAAGGUGUGUAAAGUUUGAUUUAUUUUGUGAACUAUUAUUUAUGGGAUGUAUAGAUUGUCAUUUUUGAUUGACAAUAAACUG